UUUCAUUUCAAAAUCUAUCAUUUAUUUUAUUAUUAAUUUGUAGAAUCCUGCAAGGAAAAUUAACAACAACAAUAAUAAUAAAAAUAAAAGAUUGAAUUGAAUGGGUUGUGUUUCAAGCAAAGCUGCCAUUGAAUCCAAAUCCGACCGACUGUCACGGUGGACAGCUACCGGCAUUGUUGCUUUACGUGACGCUAAAUUAAAGUCAUUUCCAGAUGAGGUUCUUGAGCUGGAAAGAUCUGUACGGACGCUUGAUGUAACACAUAACAAAUUAGCUGACAUUCCAGAGGAGAUCAGCAAGUUAGUAAACCUGCAGAGACUAAUUUUGGCUGAUAAUGUAAUCGAACGUCUUCCAUCAAAUGUGGGCAAACUUCAGUCUUUGAAGUUAAUUAAUCUCGAUCAAAACAAAGUCACAUUUUUACCCGAUGAAUUGGGCCAAUUGGUGAGACUUGAGCGACUAUCUAUCUCUGGCAAUCAGUUAACUGCGCUGCCAGAAACCAUUGGAAGCUUACGAAAUUUGUUGCUGUUAAAUGUGUCGAAUAAUCAAUUGAAGUUUCUUCCAGAAUCUAUCGGGAGCUGCUUUUCACUAGAAGAGCUAAAAGCGAAUGAAAAUGUUAUUGAAGAACUUCCUCCUUCUGUCUGCAAUCUCAUUCACCUCAAGUCACUUUGCUUGGACCGUAACAAAGUGAAACAGAUACCUCCAAGUUUAUUGAGGUCAUGCAAGACUCUACAAAAUAUUUCAUUGCAUGAUAAUCCAAUGUCUAUGGAUCAAUUUCAAUCGAUGGAAGGAUUUCAAGAAUUUGAAGCGCGCAGGAAAAAGAAGUUUGACAAGCAGAUAGAUUCAAAUGUCAUGAUUGGUUCUAAAGGCCUUGAUGAGGGAGUUGAUCUAUAAUAUGCUCUUUGCUCUUGUAAGUAGCCAUUAUUUGUACAGGGUAAAACCAACACAUUAAAUUACCUAUUACACACUCGAUUUACAACUAAAAUAGACAGUUGAGUGGCUAUGGCCAAUUACCCAUUCUUAUACCUCUUUUAAGUUUGUUUGGUACUUUCCAUUUCGUAUGGACCCGGUUAAAAGCAACGUUUUUGGUA